AGACAUGGUCCUCAGAGGCAGGUUCUCUGUAGACUAGGGAGGAAAGGGAAGGCCUAUAUACUAUGAUUCAAAAGUUAAAGCAGUGGGACUUGGCCAGUUCAGCAAAACAAUCCAGCUGAUGUUUCGACAGUGGAAAAAAGAAACAGAUAUAACAAUCACUGGGAUGAGGGCACCUUGAGACAUUAUCAACCAACCAGAACAUUAACAACAAAACCUGAAUUCAGGUGAGUUAAAGGGUUGCUUGCACCAACAUACAGUACAUCAAAGAGCCUCUCAGUGUCCAUUCACUUUCCUUAUAAGGAAAAAGACGCAAAGGAAAGGUGAUUGACACGUUCUGUCAUUGUGCUUAACAUCUUAUUUUGUUUUCCAAAAAAAACCGUAAGCAAUACGGGGUUGGAACAACAUGAGGGUAAGUAAAUUAUUUUUUUCGUUGAACUGAGUUUAUCGCUAAAAUGGGGCUUUUAUUUUGAAAGCAAGAGACAGCCUUAUUGAGGACUUUCAUUUUGCUUUCCAGCAGAGCCACAGGUUCCUUUAGUAGGUCAGACCAGAUGGCUCCCGGAACAAUAAUGUCAAGCUGAAACUAAACUCCUUUAGCCGAUGAGCUGUUUUGAUUAUUAUCUCUUUGAGUAAUUUUGUUUUGAUCGUUCAAACACCACCAUAGCCUUUAGAAUGGAGAUCGAUGAUUUAUCAUGAAACUCCGCGCGCAGUAUGACAGAGGAACAUAUAGCGAGUCUAGAAGAGCGUUUAAACUGAGGGAUUCACCUGAUCCGAUGCAAACCGAUCCCAGCCCGCAGGGAGGGAGCGGGCUGACAUUAACCCUGCAGCCGGAGCUGCUCACCCGAAUGCCUGGAGCUGGAAGUUCCAGCGGGCCGGAAACGGACGAGGAUGUCAGGGUUCCUAUAGGCAGCUCACCGGGGUCCACAAGUGGACGUGGCGCGACCUCGCGGAGGCUGAGAGCAGCGAGCCACAGCCACUCCCAUUCUCACGGACACAGACACACGCACAGCCACGAGCACGAGUCAGACAGUGGCGAGGCGAACCUGGAAUCCGGAGAAUCCAGCAGCUCAUUAUCGGAGCUGCGCUACCUCCUGCGCUGGCUCAAGAAAAGUCUUCCUUUCAUAGUUAUUCUCUGUGCGAAACUAGUCAUCCAGCAUGCCCUGGGUCUGGCUGUUGCAGUGGGUUUGUUUACCACUUUUAUGUAUGUCAACAAAAGCAUUCAAACGCAAGUCUUUCUCCACGACCGAAGGACAAAGUUGCAUUGUGCCUGGCUCUUGCUUUUCCUCACAUCCUCCAGUCUCCUUGUGUUCUACACUUUUCACACUCAGUCACUUUAUCGCUGCCUCAUUUUUGCCAACGCUACAAUAGAUUCGCAGAACUUUUGGGAGGUUUUAUGGUGCGUCGGUGUGACUAACUUCAUUUUGAAGUUUUUCUUCAUGGGGCUUAAGUGUCUAAUUCUCCUCAUCCCCUCCCCGCUCAUGACAUACCGGCGAAGGGGUCAGUGGUACAUGCUCAUAGAAGAGGUGGGUCAGUUGUAUCAGGUGAUCGCUCCUGUCCCGCUUUGGUUCCGCUAUCUGGUCAGCUACAAUGAGAUGGACACCUCAGUGGGUCUGACUCUGGGAAUCCUGCUAGCCUUGCUCUACCUCAUAAUGAAGCUUUUGGCCUUGUAUGGACUGUCAGGAUCAUUGCAAAAAACAUUACGGACUUUUUUUAGUUCUGAGGUGAACGGAGCUUCAGCCAGUCCUGCUCAGGUUAGAGAGGCAGGUGACAUUUGUCCGAUCUGUCAGGCUGAUUUUAAGCAGCCUCGGUUCCUCGUGUGUCAGCAUAUCUUCUGUGAGGAGUGCAUCGCCCAGUGGCUUAACCAGGAGAGGACCUGCCCCCUGUGCCGCACUGUCAUCACAGACAAGGUGCAUAAGUGGAAAGAUGGUGCAACAUCAGCUUAUUUUCAAAUCUACUGAAAUCUCACCGAAAGGAUGGAGACACAGUGUUGUGACCAGCAGUGGAUCCACAUAAUAUGGAUUGUUUUCUCCUCUCAAACAUCUCCGUUGAGCAAACAGCACUUGUUAUAAGACAAAAGGCUCUAGAAAAAGCUCCAGUUUGAGUUUAUAUAUAUAUAUAUAUAUAUAUAUAUAUAUAUAGAUAUAGAUAUCUUGUCAAAAGGACAAGUGCAGCUCUUGUAUUCUUAUUAUUAUUAUACUAAUAUUUUGCAUGUGGAGCUCCCAUAUUUCUUAGUGUUUAUAAUUUAUAUUCCUCUUUGUGUUCUUGCAAUAUUACUAAUUACCUUCUGGGUGUAAGCAGAAGAAUACAGUGGAGACAAAUAUAUUUCUUCAUAUUGUAUUUGUGGAGAAAACACUAACAAAUAACAUAGCAGAAAUUCAUUUGUUGACUCCCUAAAUGUAUUUAAAAAAAAUUUGUUUCAUUUUUCAUAGAUACUGGUCUUUUUGAUCCAUAGUCAGAUACUGUGGUUUUUGUAACUGAACUUUUCUUAAACACUUUUAUGAAUCCAAUAAUAAGGAGUUUUGAAAAGUUAUGGAUUUUGCGUUCCAGUAUUCUGGUUUCUUUAGUAAUAAUCUGAAUGUGAGGUAAUUGCACUUGAACUACUGAUUUAUCAAAUGAUGUAGCAUUAGAAUUUUGGAACCAUGUGAAUUUUGUGACUGAACAACAUACAAUGGCUUUUGAAUUAUUAAAAUGUCACUGUACCUGCUAAAUGCAUUUGUAAUUCAGGCCCUUCACAGAUACAUGGUAUUUUUCUAAUCAUGUUGCACUUACAUUGUAAUAAACCAAAGCGUUGAAGAAAUAUCUAUUUUAGUACCAUCAUACAGUAUGCAGUUAUAAUUGUAUUUUUAUCCAGUAUAUUUGACCAAAUACAUUUUAAAAACCUUUAAAAAGUGUCACUGAAAUUCUUUGUCCAGUAAAUGCAGGGUUGCUUGGUAAAUGCUCAAAUUCAAUUUUGUUGAUUUUGUAGAAUUCACUAGAGGUUAAAUUAAAAUUAAUUUUAAAAUAAACACAAGCAAUCACAAAACACCAGAUCUGAAACAAUCUCAUGUAAUUCUGUACUUUAUAUCCAUUCAUUUUUUAAACCAAACGUGACACUGUAAUAAACACAGCAUUUAAAAUGCAAAAUGAAUCCUCAUCUGCAUCUCAAUUCUCUUCACAGGCAUUUUCGUUUCACUUUAGAAUCAGGAAGUUUCAGAAUUUGUUCCAAUUCUAAUGUAAUGGAGUACUACAGAUUUUCAAAAUUAGGUUCAGGUCAACUUUUUCGAAAUCUCAAUUACACACCACAUUAUAUUUUUAUAAGGAACAUAUAAUAAAGAUAAAAAAAACACACACAAAAAAAUAGACCAUUAACACUUGGCACCAAGUUAUGUCUUAAUAUGCCAACAUGACUGCAAGAAUCAGUGGAAGAUGGUUUGAGAGGUUUUAAACCCAGUCUAGUGAUUAUAUGGGCUAAUGGUCAAUAUCCAACUAAUCAGACAGUGACAGAAGUGAUACAUAAAGCCAUUUAUGCCACAUUACAGACCCCUCUCUCUCAGACAGCAUUGCAUAGAAUAAAUGGUCAAUAUCUGUGUAUGCGAAGGCAAAAUUCACAUGAAGCCAUUACGGGCUGUUAACCGCCACGGCACAGCAGCCUGUUGUUUAUCAGUAGGCACUGUAUCUGAUAGUGUAAGAUAUUCACCAUCAUGCUUCCUGUGCAUAGAGAGUACAGCCAAUUAUUAGCUUGAUGGAAGCUGCUGCAAAGUCCAGACAGUUCAAUCAGAGCAAUGGCCUCCUAAUGUCCAACCACAAUUACAAUCUACAUUAUGGAAAUUAGAGUUUGAGGAUUGAGGUUAACAUCACAUUCAAUCAGUCAGUUACAAUGUCACAACAGAACAAUGUUCUCAAGCAGAAAACAAGCCUAUUUUACAUUCCCAUGGGAAAAAAAGUGUGCCAUUUAGAAAUUGUUUAAAUGUGGUCACACAGACGCAAUCGCAGCCUCACACGCAGACGUUCAUUGAUAACAAUAACACAGUACUACGAGCACAGGAAUGCCUGUGAAACACAAUACAUGAAACCACCUGUGAUGACUUUGUCUAAAUAACCCCUGCUUACAGACAGCAAAUCUUAACGAUGCAGAUUCAGUGUUCACCAGUUGGAGUCACAUUAUCAUACUUAUUGUAUCUAUAAGAACUAUUAUACAAGGAAAGAGCACCAAUAUUCAUGAAGAAUCAUGUCUAUGUACAACAAUGAAAAAAAUACAGAUUUUUGUUUAUUUUUAUACUUUAUUACUCUUCCAUCAUCUUCUUUUCCCUUAACCACAUCCAAGCAUAUUCAAUCAAAAUUCAAUAGAACGAUAAAUAAUCCAGUGGUUUUCCCCUCAUCUGGUGCACAGUGCACAUCCUGAAAACAUACUUAAAAUCCCAACUUUUAAUGUCCUUGAGAUUAAUAAAAUUACUUUGACCCCAACACCAUUAUAGAAAGAAGUACUAAAUAAUAAAAAUUAAAAGGGUUGGCAUGUCUCUGUGUUCAUGUAACUAAUCAGGCUAAAUCCAGAACAGCAUUCUUGACUAUAAAGAAUAAAUAAUUUGCAUAGUUUAGAAAACUAUAUGGCACCUGAAAAAUAAAUAGGUUAAAAAAAAU